AUAUCCUGAAACAGCCGUCACAUUGUCAUAUGCAUCGAUGAAAUCUACAUUAUACCGUGAAAGAAUUAAACUUCGUUCAAAUUUACCAAAAGAUAUGGAGACUCUUAUUAUGAAUGUAGCAACAUAUAUACCUCUUGAAAAAUUUUACAAAGGAUAUGUAACCUGCAGUGAUGGAAAGAAAGCAUUAAUAUUUACAAGUCAUGAAUUGUUGCAAGAAUUGCAAAAAUCAACAGAACUUUAUAUGGAUGGCACUUUUAAUAUUGUUCCACGUGUACCAUUGAGUCAAAUGUAUACGAUACAUACCCGAUAUAUGAAUAUUGGCAUUGCUAUGAUCUUCAUCCUGUGUGAAAGUCGUUCUAGUAAUAUGUAUAGAGCUAUUUGGAAGAAAAUUAUGGAGUUAGUGCCAAUGCUUCAACAAAAUUUAAAAUUUUUAAUGAGUGAUUAUGAAGUGGCAGCCAUGAAAGUGAUAAGUGAACAAUUUCCAGAAGCAGAAGCACACGGAUGUUGGUUUCACUAUAAUCAA